AUGCCGGACGGCGGCAACCUGUCCCUGAGGCCGGACGGCGGCGGCCUGUCCCGGCGGCCGGACGGUGGCAACCUGUCCCUGAGGCCAGACGGUGGCGGCCUGUCCGAGAUGCCGGACGGUGGCAACCUGUCCCUGAGGCCGGACGGUGGCGGCCUGUCCGAGAUGCCGGACUGCGGCAACCUGUCCCUGAGGCCAGACGGCGGCGGCCUGUCCGAGAUGCCGGACUGCGGCAACCUGUCCCUGAGGCCAGACGGCGGCGGCCUGUCCGAGAUGCCGGACUGCGGCAACCUGUCCCUGAGGCCAGACGGCGGCAGCCUGUCCGAGAUGCCGGACGGUGGCAACCUGUCCCUGAGGCCAGCCGGCGGCAGCCUGUCCAUGUGGCCAGACGACAGCGACUGA